AUGCCUGAGCAAUCGAAUCCUGAAAGGACUUGUCCCUCCCUUUCCGUCCACGAGCAGUCCCCAACGACUUCGUCAUGGGAUCCACCAAGCGACGCUGCACAAACUCCAGAACUCUCUCAGCCACAGCUGGCAACCAACCCCAUCCCAGCUGGAGCCAGACCUUCAAGUCUUCGCAUGAAAUCAGAGCCCCUCAGACCUUUGCUGGAAGACCGAUUGGAGGAACAAGGCUCGAGCGCCUUGGUUACACAGCCGGUGGCACUGUCAACCCUUCAUUCGAUGCCGAAGUCGCCCACAGCAAAGCAGAAGCAUUUGGUUUUCAUGGUUGACGGAGAGGAGCUUCAAAUCCUUGGAGUUGAUGCCCCUGACAGCAGCGUUCCUCCAGAGGAAAGUCCAAGCCGAAACCGACCAGCAGCUGGGGCCGGCCCCUUGCCACCUCCAGAGGCCAACCUCGCACCUCAAAGACUGCAAAGACUGCACGUAUUGGCAGGACAAAGUCAGCGGAAGUGGCAGAGACCCUGCUCAGACCAAACAUUGGGGGAAACAGCUGGAGCUCAAUUGAGGUUUAGAUGCGCAGCACCCAAGCAGCAUGGAAUCCUGCGAGCAGGACUCUCUGACCUGACUUGGGUUGUCAAGCUCUGA